CCACAUUUCAGAGAUUAACCUGGUGUCAUACUGCACAGCCUUUUGUAGUCAGAGAUACGCGUCUCAUGUGGAGGUUGCUAAAACUAGCGUUUUAAAAAUGAAGUUGUCAUCAGUUGUAGUCACAUUGUUAUUAACAGCGGGUGUAGCUUAUUACGUCUAUACACCUUUACCUGCUGCUAUCGAGGAGCCUUUGAAACUGAUGCUACUUGACGCCUUGUUCCAUGUUAUGCUGCAAGUGGAUUACCUGUGCCAGUCCCUUGGUCAGAGUCGAUUCAGUGUAGUUGAAGGAGCCAUGUCAGUGCUGGUCUCCCUGGGCAACAUGGCGGGAGGACAUCGCGGGGGGGUGAGGGUGAGCGACGUGGACUUCGAUGGCAUCCCGGUUCGGGUGUACGAGCCUCCCGCCGUUGGGGGAGGAGAAGGGGGACCGAGGAGGGCUGUGAUGUUCUACCACGGGGGUGGAUGGGCCUUCGGCACCUCCAAAAAGGGAAGCUACGAUAUCUUGUGCAGGCAGAUGUCUGAUGAGCUGAAUGCUGUGGUAGUGUCUGUUGAGUAUCGUUUGGCACCAGCAGUUCAUUUUCCAGUGCAGUAUGAGGACUGCCUGCGCGCUGCCAAGCACUUCCUGCAGCCGGGCGUUCUAGGGAGUUUGUCUGUGGAUCCACAGCGGGUUGCCGUGUCAGGUGACAGCGCUGGAGGAAACCUCGCUGCAGCCGUUGCCCAGGAGAUCUCAUCGGAUGACAGUGGAGUGAGGUUCAGUGUUCAGGCGUUGAUCUAUCCGGUCCUUCAGGGCCUAGACUUCCACACACCCUCCCACCAGCAGAACCAGAACAUACCCAUCCUACACCGCUACAUGAUGGCCAGGUUCUGGCUGCUCUACAUGGGGGUUGAUACCUCUCUCUCCCCCCUCAUCCUUUCCCCUGCCCUUCUUCAUCAUCCCUCCGUCUCUCCCUCUGUCCGCUCCCGUAUCAACUGGGCCACCCUUCUACCGCCCAAGCACAUCAAGCAUUACAAGCCUGCCGCUAUAGAAACAGGGCCACAGGGGCUCAAAAACCCGGAGGUGGAAUUCCUCCCGGGAUUGCUGGAUGUUCGGUCGUCGCCGCUCCUGGCGGAGCAGGGCGUUCUUGGAAGAACCCCGCGUGCGUUGAUUAUAACGUGUGAGUACGACGUUCUCAGAGAUGAUGGGUUGAUGUAUGGAAGGAGGCUACAGGACGCCGGCGUGAAGGUUACUAAUGUUCACCAUGACGACGGUUUCCAUGGCUGUGCGAGUUUAACACAAUGGCCGUUUUCAUUCGAUGUGGGCAAAAGAGUUAUCAGAGGAUAUAUUGACUGGCUCCAAGAAAACCUGUAGAUGGAAGUGCUUUACAUUUGAUCCUGUUGCCUACCCCUCCUGUAGGGUGUGUGUGAGUUUAAUGAAGAUCUAACAGUACCUGUGGCACUAUUUUGUAUGAAUGUAUAUAAUGACAUGUUUAAUUGUUUUAGGUGUAUAUUCAUAUAGAAUAUACCAGUGGUUCCCAAACAGAGGUAGGAUCUACUGGCUAUGCCUACAUUUGGACUUACAACACCAUCAACUUGACUACAGAUUGAUAACAGGAGUGUUAGGGUUGCUUGCUUGCGAAAUUCAGAUGGUUGUACAGUAACUGGAAAAGGUUAAGAACCAUUGAAAUAGAAGAGGUAUUUGAUUUUUGUUCAAUUUCAUUGAAAUUUGAAUCCCAAUAUAAUAUCCUUUAAACUAAUUUAAUUUCAUUUACGUUAUGAGGUCAUACUAAAUUAGACAAAUCCCAAACUCUAAAAUCCAAACUAAUAUCCAGGUUGGACAAGCCCACUGUUAAACCGGAUCCUCUAACUGGAUGAAACUAGAUCAAAUUGGGUAGGUCUGUUUUUGCAGGCAAGAGUUACACUCCCAACAGUAAUUUGUUAAGUACAGUAUUGGGAAGCAUCUCAACCAAACAAGUUUGGGGGGGGGGGGGGCAAAGCAUUCUCGCUGGGAGUGCACUGUCCCCCAAUGCCCCCAUCCCAUAUCGCCGGGGCUGCUUAGUGCUGUCAGGACUUAUGCACACCCCGAAAAAAAUGUGGGUAUGUAUUUCUAUUUUUUUCCUUCAUUUCAACCAGUUUGACAAAUGACACUGGAGAAUUACACUGUCACUUUCUGAUGUGGCCCUGGGUGCUCCGCUGAUGAACUGCUGUGGACUGGGGGUUGAAUCAACCUCACCGCUCUUUCAGUGAAAACAGAAAAGAGCUUUACUGUCCAAUAAAGUAUUUAAAAAAUGCUCUUCUUGGACUCAAUGGCAUCAGCAGUCUUUCUUCUGAGGGGCUGAGACAGCUGGGUCUUGGUAUAACUUGUUAUCACUCACUCACACACACACACACACACACUUAGUAAGACCAAAUCCGACUAUGGUUCCUACAUUCAUUUUUGCAAGUUGAUGGGAUGAUAAAGUUAGAGGGACACUAACCUUGCCCCCCACCCCAAGUAAAAAAAAAAAAACAUUUUAAUUGCGUAAAUGUCACUGUAACAGUCAUAUACAUCAGAGGAAUUAAUGUGUCAAUAGAAUUUAGAUGAAGAACAAACCUGUCAGGCAGUCUAACUUUCUCACAGCACUGUUCAUCAAGGUCUUUAAUUACUUGCUUUUUGAAUGGUAUUUAAUUAAUUUUAAUGUAGCAUUAUUACCAUUUAAUGUUAAAAAAGCACUUAUGCAUGUAUCACUAGAAUGUGCAUUUGAACAAGCUGGUUGAUAGAGCAACAGACUUUUGGCUACAAUGGGCUGUCUAACAUUAGGAAAAGGUACCUAGGUGACACCUUCUGAAUCCUACUUAACUCACUUUCAGUUUAGUACUAUUACUGGUGGAUUGGGCAAUGACAAUUACAGAUUGUAGUCCAUGCAUGUAAAGCAAGACAACGCCAUCAGAAUGUUUUACGACUUCACAUAAAGCAUGAAUGCCUUCUUCUGGAAAUGCCAAAUCUAUACACAUCCAAUACAACAGUGAAACAUAUAUUUAUUGGGGGAAAAGUAAUAAGAAGUAUGAAAAGUGAGAAAAAUAAAGUUUGUGUGUGUU